UGUAUUAUGGCGCCUAAAUUAGACUAGUGUAUACAGUAACAAAUUCCUGCUUGGCUAUGCUAUCACUUUUUUCAUCACGCCAUUUCCAAUGUCUUCAAUCUCUCUCCUCCUUCGCCGAGCAUUUUCUUCAUCUUCGGCCAUAUCUUCUGUAACCAAAAUUUCUAAGGUCGUUUACAAAGAAGCUGAUGUCAAAAAGGUUGCAGAAGCCUUCAAAAAACACACCCAGAAUUCCAGUUUUCGUAAAAAAACCAACUUUUAUGAACACACUGUUCAACGAUUAGCCAAUACCAAGAGCUUCAGUUUGAUCGAAGAGAUACUUGAAGAUCAAAAGCAGUACAAAGAUAUUACUGAUGAAGGGUUUACUGUUCGUUUAAUUACUUUAUAUGGGAAAUCAGGCAUGUUUGAUCAUGCCCAUAAACUGUUCGACGAAAUGCCUGAACUAAGUUGUAAAAGAACUGUGUUAUCCUACAAUGCCCUCUUGGGGGCUUGUGUUAAUUCGAAGAAAUUUGAUAAGGUUGAUGGGUUUUUCCGUGAAUUACCUGGGAAGUUGUCAAUUAAGCCUGAUGUUGUGUCUUAUAAUACUGUGAUCAAGGCUUUUUGUGAGAUGGGUUCUUUGGAUUCCGCUCUUUUGUUGCUCGAUGAAAUGGAAAAAGAGGGAUUAAGGCCUGAUUUGAUCACUUUUAAUAUCUUGCUUGAUGCAGUCUACAGGAAAUUAAGGUUCUUGGAGGGUGAGAAACUGUGGAGUAUGAUGGAUAAGUAUAAUGUAGUUCCUGAUAUCAUAAGUUAUAAUUCGAGAUUACGAGGAUUGGUGUUAGAAGAAAAGAUGCAGGAUGCAGUGGACUUUGUUCAGGAAAUGUUGUCCAAGGGUUUGAAGCUUGAUGUUUACACUUAUAAUAUUUUGUUCAGUGGCUUCUGCAAGGAUGGGAAGUAUUUAGAGGAGGCCAUAAAAUGGUUUGAUGAAAUGAUGAAAAACAAGUGUCCACCAGACCGUCUGACAUUUUCUACAUUGUUAAGAUAUGCUUGUCGUAACAAAGAUUUCCGCUUUGGUUCUCGGUUGUGUAGAUUAUUGUAUUAUCGUCGUUGUCGAUUGAAUGAGAGAGGCUUGAUUCAGAAGGUUAUUGAUGGGUUAGUGAGGCAGUCCAACAUCAGUGAAGCAGAGAUAUUGGUGAAACUUGGAAAGGAUAGUAGAUAUUCUUGUUAUAACAGCCUUAAAAUGCCUAAGUUUGAUACUUAAUAUAGAUUCCCUGCCCUGUGUUAUGUUUCAGGUAAUUAGAUCAAAGUUGUUUGUUAUUUAGCUCUGUUGAAAGAUGCUGAAUUAAAGUAGUGAAUCAGGUAUUACUAUCUUUUAACCAAAAAAAAAAAGGUAUUACUAUCUUUACUUAUUUAUAGUAUAAGCUGUUUUAUAUUUUCAUUAUUAGUUAAAUUGACCUUAUUGUAAUACUUCUUAUACUAUAAUAUGAAGUGUAUUUUUUUUAUGGUUUAUUUACUAUUAUAGACAAAUUGUUUAAUUUGCUAUUAAUGCUAAACUGUUUACUGGUGCCAAGGGCAUGUUUAUUUUUAGGUGCAUAGUACCAUAUAUGUCUAUGAUACUUGGAAAACUUAUGAAUUCGUAUAUGAAGAGAAUCCUUAGCUUUGCAAAUUUAAAAUCGGGUUUUCCUGUUUCAUGAACCAACCUGUCAUUAGGAGGUGGUA